AUGAGCCCAAUUGCUGAGAAUGGGACCCCACAGAGGGUAUUCAUUGUUGUCAUGGGCGUAUGCGGCACGGGAAAAUCUACACUCGGAUCCGCACUUGCCAAAUCGCUAGGGUUCCCAUACGUCGAAGGAGAUGACCUGCACCCACAAAGCAAUGUCGAGAAGAUGGCAAGUGGGACGCCGUUAACUGAUGCGGAUCGGGAGCCGUGGUUGGCUUUGGUUAGAAGGACGGCAGAGGAUAUGACGGCGCAGAAGCAGAACGGAGUGGAGAAGAAGGACGGACAGAAGGUGGAGGAAACAAGCGGGAAAACGGGGGUCGUGAUCAGCUGUUCAGCCUUGAAGAAGUACUAUCGGGAAAUAUUGAGGGGGAACCCAUCUCCUUCUUCUCCUUCGGAACGCAAACUCUCCACUUCCAAUGCCGAUACGCUAUCGACGUACUUCGUAUUCAUCAACGGCUCUCGCUCCAUCCUCCUCGAACGUAUGGAAAAACGACCAGGGCAUUUCAUGAAAGCUGGAAUGCUGGACAGCCAACUUGGGACGUUGGAGAGCCCGGAGGGCGAGGAUGGGGUGGUCGUCGUUUCUGUGGAGGAUAGCACGGAGGAGCAGGUUAGGCAGGCGAGUGAGGCGUUGAGGAAUGUAGUUGGCGUUCCUAAAUUGUAG